AUGGAUUUGGAAUUUUUCGACUCCUCGUCCUCUUCAUCAUCGUCCGAGUCCGACUAUGAAUUUUUAUUUGGUAGCGACGACGAAGUAUAUUUUGAAGACAGAACAAGACCGAAAAAUCAGAAUUAUUUUGAGACUGUAGCAAGAUACAACGACUUAGAGUUUUUGGAACAUUUCCGGGUUAGACGCCACAUUGCUAACAAUUUGACCAUACACUUUGAGGAAAGUCCAGAAUUUAAUGACACAACUGGAGGACAUGGAAAAAUACCUGCCUACAACCAAAUUUUAAUUUUUCUUUGGUUUGCUGGACAUCAGACUGCCUCUUUCCGUGAUGUUGCUGACAGGUUUGGUAUAACAAUAAGCAGCCUGUUCAGAGUUGUGAGACGUCUGACACAUGUUAUAAGCCGUAUGGCUAGUACCAUAAUAACUUGGCCGAAUGAGGAAGAAAAAGAGGAAACCAGGAACUUUUUCCAAAUGAAAGGAUUUCCUAAUGUCAUUGGGGCUAUUGAUGGAAGUCAUAUACGUAUUGACAAACCUUCCUCAGACCCAGAUUCCUAUUAUAAUAGAAAAAAAUAUUUUUCUAUUCAUAUGCAAGCUGUUUGUGACCAUAGAAAUAAAAUAAGAAGUGUAUUUAUCGGGUUUCCUGGGUCAGUCCAUGAUGCCAGAGUUUUUAGGAGGUCACCAUUAGCUACUAACUUGGGAAUUCUAUGUCAGGAGAAUGUGAUUCUUGGAGAUAGUGCUUAUCCUUGCUUACGCAAUCUUAUUACACCAUUCAAGGAUAAUGGUAGAUUGAGCCGUCAACAAAUUAACUUUAACAAAACACUAUCAUCAUGUCGGUACGUUAUCGAACAUUGCUUUGGUUUGCUCAAGCAGAAGUUUAGGCAACUUUACCACUGCAAGCUGCGCAAAAUUGAGCAUAUAGUGCAUUUCAUCAGAGCGUGUUGUGUAUUGCAUAAUUUGGCAAUUGACGAUGAAUUUCAAAUAAUAAUUGAAAAUGAGGAUGAAAUUAAUAAUGGCGAUGACAUUCAACUGGAUGAUGGCAAUGUUGAAGGAGACAUCCCCGAAGGAACAACCUACAGAAACUAUUUAAUGCAAAGAAUGUUUCCAUAA